CAGAACUUUUUUUUUAAUAUAAACAUUCUUAAUAUAUUUUAAUUUCAAGUGAACAUUAUUUUAAGAAACAUAUUUGGUGGUAGUAUCAAAGUAUAGUGAACCUCAUACAAAAGCAAUCAAAAAAAUAAUUUUGUUAUGUCUCAAUUAAAAGAAGAUGUGCAUAAGUUGUGGUCUGGUUCAAAAAAGCAGGUUGAUCCAAAUGAAUGGGUAUUACAUGAUAUGGAAAACUUCAAUUUAUGCAUUCAAUUAUACGCGAAUGUUAUGAUAGAUCUUAUUUAUGAUAUAAGAUUUAAAUUAAAAUUAUUAAAAGAUUACCUAUUUCCUGUAAACCUAGACGUUUGUUCCGAUCCUGAAGACCAAACAAAAAUGCCAAGUUUGAAGUGGUACAUCUUAAUGAGAUAUAUCCGGAGAAAAAAGAAAAGAGUAUGUAAAUUAUGUAGUGGACCUUGCCUGAAAAACGUUUUUCUGAUACUGGAGUCGUUGGAAAAGGACCUAUUCCAAUGGGAAAAGAGCGUCUUUAAAUUUUCAGAAGAAAGACCAGAUGAAGAUUAUAAUCGCGUAAUUAAAGAGCAGCACAAGAAAUGGGAUAGUAAAUACUCGCCAAUUAGCAAACUAGAAUCUCUAAUAUUGCGAACUGAAGUCGCUUCAUCGCGACCUCCAAAACCGAGACGUUCGUCAAGUUUAGUUAACUUAUCUCAUUCAGAACUAUUACAUAAGUAUCGCAAUACCUCAUUUCUAAAACUAUUUAAAGGAAUAAAACCUAAAGCAUCUUCAUCAAAAACACUUAAGAACGAAAUACUACUACAAAAUGAUAAUGUUAUACACACAACUCCCAACGUUUUGGAACUUCCAGCAUCUGAGGAAUCUAAUGAAGCAGCGAUAUUCUUGAAACCAAAAUUAAUUAGUUUUUCGAUAGACAAGAUAUUAAGCAAUCCUUAUGUACCACCAGGUUCUUCUAGUCAAGUAGCACAGCAGGAAAACCCAAUUGAAACUGGAAAUCUUUCUGAAAAUCCAUUUGGCUGGAUAAUAUCAAAUCCGGAAAGCACUUCUAUAUCGGUAGUGGUAGAACAGGAAAGUGAACCUGUAUUUACAAAGCCAUCCAAAGACCCAUCUAAAUCUACAUAUUUGCAAACAGCAGAACACUAUUAUGCCAAUCCAGUAGCAGGACCAUCCAAUUCGAAAGACCAUGAAAGUUCUUACUGUGGUCCAAGGCGGUCAUUGUCAUCUUCGUCUUUGUAUGAUGUAAAUAGUGGUGUACCAUUCCUUAGUCCGGCAGAUGAUAAGGCGGGCAAUGAAUUUCAGAGUAAAGCCUAUGCGUUCAUCAAUGAGAAUGGUACUGAAAAAAUGACCAAUGAAACAUAUAAAUAUAUUUUAUUCUUCCGUAUGAGGAUGUUAUCAAAUAAAUUAAUGAACUAUAUUCAAAAUCAACCAGAUUUAUUCGACAUAUAUGCAGAAGUUCAAAGUUAAAACAUUAUUAUAUUUAUGUUACUAUAUCGUUUCAUGACUACAAUUGUUUAAGUCCCGAAUACAGUGUAAAUUGUGCAAUGUACGCAUGUUUUAUGUAUUUGUUUUUUAGUUUUCGUAAACUUUAACUAUAAGUAUUGUAAUAUAGCUUUAAUUAAACUAAUAUUAUGUUUGAGUAUUUGAUAAUACUUAAUAUUUUAAACUAUAAAU